AUAUUUGACACGUGUUUGCUGCAUAUUUAAAAAAAUGUUAAUAAUUUUAUUUGUGUGCGUGAUUGUUAUUAUUUAUUAUGCUUAUUUUCGUUGGUCGCGGAAAGCGAUUUAUGACUUUUCCGAGACGCUACCGAAUGUAGGAAGUCUUCCUGUUUUGGGACACACGCAUUGGUUUAUCGGCGGACCGGAAAGGUUGUUUAAUAAUAUUAAACACCUUGGGUCUCUACUUGAUAAAUCUCCAAGUACCAUCAACAAAGUAUGGAUUGGGCCUUCUCUCUAUAUAGUUCCGUUUAACCCUGAAGACAUACAGAAAAUCCUAGACAACUGUCUUCAGAAAGACUCGUCGUAUAGAUUCCUACGGGCUUGGUUAGGAAAUGGAUUAUUUGUCGCUCCAGUUGAAUUAUGGAGAAUGCAUCGUAAAUUACUAUUAACGGUGUUUCAUAACCGUAUAAUUGAAGACUAUAUUAAUAUAUUUGGUGAACAAGGAACGUUUUUAGUCAAACGUUUGCAGGAAAAUAUUGGACAACACGAGUUUGAUGUUUUUAAAUUUGUCACUUCUUGUACGCUGGAUAUUGUAUUUGAAACAGCAAUGGGGAAGAAGAUGGAUGUACAAAACAAUUCAGACACGCCUUACCUGCGCGCGCGCAACGUCGUCAUGUCCAUUAUAAGCAUGAGGCUUUUCAAAGCAUGGCUGCGACCGGAGCCACUGUUUAAUAUGACGUCGUAUUCCAAAAUACAGAAAGAAAAUAUUGAUUAUACGCACAAAUUUACUGACGAGGUCGUUACAGAAAAGAGGGCAUCGUUUAACAAAAAUGGAAGGGAUACUACUAAAGGCCGUAAGGACCUGCUCGAGUUGUUAUUGGAGAGAAACGCCAACUUUACGGACGCAGAACUUCGAGAGCAUAUCGAUUCUAUAACAAUAGCUGGCAAUGACACUACAGCACACGUUAUUUCUUACGUCCUGCUCAUUUUGGGUAGCCAUAAAAGAGAACAGGAUACUGUGUUUGAGGAACUACAAAGCAUUUUUGGCGAUUCAAUGCGGUCUCCAACGAAAGAGGACUUAAAUAAAAUGGAAUAUCUUGAGCGAGUGAUUAAAGAAACGAUGCGAUUGUACACAGUCGUGCCAAUCAUUGGAAGGGAGACGCAAAAGGAACUUAAACUUUCAACGUGUACAGUACCCGCUGGCGUUGGUUGUGCAAUACUGCCUUUCAUAUUGCACAGAUCGAAGAAAAUUUGGGGACCAGACGCAGAGGAUUUCAAUCCAGAUAGAUUUUUACCAGAGAAUAGCGUGAAUAGACAUCCAUGUUCCUUUAUCCCGUUUAGUUAUGGGGCCAGAAAUUGUAUAGGUAGGCAUUUUGGAAUGUUGGGAAUGAAGAGUAUUUUGGCGAAUGUCCUUAGAUCUUACAAAGUAUCUUCAAACAUAUGCAACAGAUUAAAAAUUGAAAUACUUUUAAUACCAGUUUCAGGCCAUCUCAUAACUAUUGAAAAAAGAAUUUAAUAUCGUAACUAAAUAUUUUA